AAAAGUUGGAGCAGAUACGAAUUAAAUAUUUGCAUUAAUCAUAAAGACGUUUACGCAUUUUUUUUCUUUACUUUUCUCUUAAAAUCCCGACGCCACUUGAUCGACGAUGACGUCAUUCCAGACCAUGUGAUUCAUCCGAGAAGACAUGAGUCUUCGCCUCUACACACUUCAUCCCAAGCGUUUUCUGAAGAAUUCAGGAAUAGACAAUCAUUACUUUGUGAAGUUAUCUCAGGAUUAUACACUUAUAUAUAAGAACUUAUUUUGGAAACAUUGAAUUAUACUAAAAAAUUCCAAGUAUAUCUAAAAGAUAUUACAAAAACAAAGAAAACUGGAAACUCAUCUGGAAUUUAUAUCAAAUGAAACAUCUUCAUGACCACUUCCAGUAAAACCAGUCAAUGGUCCAAAAAUCAAGCAUUUUUAGAACAACAAAUAUUAGAUUUAGAAAACAAAGUUAAAAAUGCUGCAAAUGAAGAAAAAUAUUCGCAUAUGGUACUGCCCAUUUACGAAGAAUCUUACGAGAAAUUUUAUUGGUUACAAAAACAGUUGGAUGAGAUCAGUCAAGAAAAAUAUGAGAGAGAAUAUCUCCUGAUGAAAAAUAACAAUCUUUUGAAUCAGAUGAAAACAAUCCAAGAUGAAAAUCGAUAUUUACAUAAAGCAUUGAACUCAGAAAGACAGAAACUGAAAAGGAACAGACAAUUAAAACUUCAUUGUGGCAGCCCUCGAGAAGAAUGCGAUAAUUAUUGUAACUAUCAUGGAAUUCAAGAAGUUCCAAUGUUUUCAUGGGAAACAACAGACAAAGGGUCAUGCAUCGUUACACAGCAAAAAUCAGAAAAAUCACCAUUGAAAGAAAAUAAAACAGUUUUGCCAAAAGAGAAUAAAAAAUUUGCUAAGAUGGAAAUUACAAAUUCAAAUGAAGUAGCAGUUUGGAUUGCAGAUGAAGAAAACAAUUUUCAAUACAUUCCUGCUGAAAAAUAUAAUAUAAAUCUACAAGAAAAAGGAAUGAUUAGUUCAUACAACAAAAACUUUUAUAUUAAUCAAAUCCAUAGCUCUUCCAAAAGCCAUUACGGUCAAAAAAAUGUUAAAAAUUCACUUCAGAAAGCUGAAAAGACAUUUUACAUCAAUUUAAAAACAGAUGAUAAAACCCAAGCACACACAUCGGAUUCAAAAUCUAGUAAAACAGCCUCAAAUAAUGGUAGCAAUGAUGAUGGCAAAACUAAUGAACAAAAAAACAUGGCAAAUACACCAAACAAAAUAUUACAUUCUAAUUUAAAAGAAACAUUGACAGAAAAAUUAAGCAAUUCGCAUAAAACAGAAAUUAGCACUAAGAAAAAAACAAACAGUCCAGAGGAUGUAACUUCCAAGCAUGAUACCUGCCUUGAUAACAAUACAUCGAAUAAAUUCAAAAAUAAAUUUUACCACAAGUGUGUUAUAGCAAGCACAAAAAUAUGCAAUCUUAAUCAGUUUAUUGGACAUCAGACGGGUAGGUUUAAGCAUUACUAUAAGAUACUCUAUUAUUUGGCUCUAAUUAUGCUAUGUAUUUUAAUAGGAACUUUAAUACCAGUUCCUUGGAGAAUAUAAUAUUACUAUUCUAUAAUAAAAGUAGUUUUAUAUAACUCUCUUAAUCCUAAAAAUUUAUGUACCCUCAUAAGGAUACAUCUAACACUUGCACAUAAAUUAUAUUUUUCUCGAUGAAACAAUCAAUAUGCUAUUUAACCUCAUUCUUUUUUCUUUGAGAAUUUAAAUUUCUUGCACUAUGCAAGAUAUUGUAUUUUGCAUUAAAUAAACAAAUUUCAACUUUUGAUAUCUUGUUUUUAUUUAUAUAUCGCAUAUACAAAGGAAGUGUCAUAAGACAAUUGAUAUCCUCCCCAAAAAUAAUGCCCUUAACAAAAGAUUAUGUCUAUUGCUUUUUGUUAUUUGUAUUUUAAUCAAUCUUUUUAUUUUUUUACUAUUAUAAAGCAACCAUUUACAGAUGUGUUUGAAAUUUAGAAAAUCUUCAUUUCUUACAAUAUGUAUCAGCAUUACUAAUACCACUUCUUUAAUUUCUGAUCUCAAAACAUGGAGAUUUGCUUUGCAAAAAUCUCAGUGGGUCAAAUUUGACAUAAUUCCAAUACUUUCCCUUAUGUAUACGUACGUACAUACAUAACAGUCAGAAAAGUAAAAACAGCAUAUUUAGAUUAUGCACAAUGAUAAGAAUUUAUACAAUCAUCCUUUU